AUGACUCCCAAACAAAGAACAGCCGAAUUACCUCCGAUCUCACAUGUCCCAGUUAUGCAGAAUGUGGUCCAUGGUGCCAUAAGAACUCAGUCUGCCCAGCAAACACUUCCACUGAAUGAAAUGAGUUCAGUCCACUCGAUUCCAUCAUCAUGCUUUGUGUCUCCACAAUUCCCUACAGCUCCUGAUACUGCUCUACAAGGACAGUUACUCCCACAAAGUCAAUAUGAAGGAAAGUCACCUCCUGAACUUAGAAGGUGCUUAGGAGUUGAGGGCGCCCCCUUUUGGUCCAAGCAGCAAUGGGCUACGAAUCCUCCAACUGGAUUACAUUCGAUGCAACGCCCUGUACCUUUGGUUUAUACUGACUGUCAGCCCAAUUAUCCUGGUGCACACAGUGAUCACUACCCAGCACAACAAGUAACUUGGCCACAGUAUGGCAAUUAUCAGGCAGCUCCUCCACCUCCUAUUAAUUUAUAUGGAGCGCCAAAACCUUCCAUACCAGACUUUGCUGUAGACAGUGAAAAGGAUUUCGCUAAUCUGAAACUAGCUUUGGAUAAUCUACUAGACUCUCAUCCUGAGCUGUCAGAGAAAUACAAAUAUCACGUGCUACUUGAACAUCUUAAGCUUCCAGAGGCUCAAAUGAUUGGACAGUCUUGUCGACAUGAAGCUCGGCCAUAUACAGCAGCAAUGCAGGCUCUACAGUUGCAUUACGGACAGCCACAUCAAUUAGCACAGAGCGAAAUAGCAGCCAUACUCAACGCUCCAGAUGUGAAAGUCGGUGACGCUAGUAGUUUGCAGUCAUUUGCCCUAAGGGUUCAUCUUCUUGUGAGUAUGUUGCUGUCCCUGGAGGGCCCAAGAGGCAUUGAACUCAGCUGUUGUUCCCAUGUAGACAGGCUCCUCAGCAAACUUCCCAAGUAUCUCAGAGACAACUUCAUUGAGUUCCUACAAAUGCAAGGCAAGCUGAAUGUCGCCAGUCUCAAUCCAUAUAAUCUUCAGGACUUCUCUGGUUGGCUGCAGGGUAAAGCUCAACAACAGCGUCUAUCCAGUAGACUAGUUGAACGUUAUCAGAGAGAGAAAUCCUCCUACUCACUUCAGGGAAGGGCUUCAACUCGAUCAAAAGGACAGGGUGCUUCAGUCUACCAUGGAACAGAGCCUCAAAUUGUCGAGGCACCUAAGCCGGUACCUCAGCCCCCUCAAUGGAAGAAAUCCAAAGUCCAUUGUCUAUUCUGUCACAGCAAAGAGCAUUACAUAACCCAGUGCUCUGAAAUAAAGGAGCAAUCUACAGAAAACCUCAUGCAAUGGAUAUCAGAAGGGAAACGAUGCUGGAAAUGCGGCCGUUCACACCGUCCAGAGGACUGUAACCUAAAGAAACCAUGUGGAAUCUGUGGUGAGAUACAUCUCCAAGUCCUCCAUGGAAUCGCUGAACAGAGAGCCAAGGUUAAGCCCACCAGCGCGUUAAACAGUAGGAUCUACCUCACACCUUCCAGUCCCUCAGGUCGAGUACUACUGAAGGUUGUACCUGUGCUUUUACAUAAUAAGGACAGAACAAUUGAGACCUUUGCAAUAUUAGAUGACGGUGCAGAACAACCAAUCCAGGAGUCAGGUACAGAAUCCAGAAUGCCUUCACUGCAGAUGGGAUUAGAUCUAGUGGAACAGAGCUACCCAAUCAAAGCUCUUCGACGUCGAUACGCCCACUUGAGAGAUAUUCCAUUGCAGUCAUUCAAGAAUGUUCAGCCCUUGUUGCUGAUUGGCUCAGAUAAUAGCCCUCUGAUCACUGCGGUGAAAACCGUUCAUGUAGCCACUCAGGUUGGACCAGUUGCAGUCCGCACAAAACUAGGCUGGGCUCUUCAAGGCCCUGAAGGUCUUCAAAAUCGAGCAACUUCUACUCAGAGUUAUUUUAUCACCGCAUCAGCAACAUAUGACACCCUCUAUAGAGAUGUCGAACGACUGUGGCAGCUAGAUUCUCUACCUUACCGCAGUGAAAAGCUGAUGACUCGUUCUAAACAGGACCAAGAGUCUAUUAAAAUCCUGGACAGCAAGACCUGUAGGGUGUCAAUCGACGGAAUUCAACGCUAUGCCACUCCCUUAUUAAGAACUGAUGAUUCCCCCAAGCUAAAUGCUCCGCAAGAAUCUGUGCUUGCUAAUCUCCGCAGUACCGAAAGGAGACUCAAAGAUCAACCAGAGAAGGCAGCUGCCUAUCGAGGUGAGAUGAAUAGACUGAUUCAAGCAGGUUAUGUAAAAGAGAUCACGGCUAAAGAAGUUAAUGAAUCCGAGGAGUCUUGGUAUCUGCCACAUCACCUUGUCUACCAUAAUGGAAAGGCACGUCUGGUGUUCAAUUGUUCAUUUGUAUACAAGGGUACGUCCCUUAAUGAGCAGCUGCUGCCAGGACCAAACCUGGGACCAUCCCUCCUUGGGGUCCUACUGCGAUUUCGACAGCACAGUGUUGCAAUCAGUGGAGACAUAAAGGGUAUGUUUCACCAGGUUCGCCUGUUACCCGAGGACAGACCCUUACUGAGAUUCCUUUGGCGGGAUUUGCAACGGGAGAUUCCACCACAAGUAUAUGAAUGGCAGGUGCUGCCUUUUGGGACGACCAGUAGUCCCUGCUGUGCUAUUUAUGCACUACAAAAACACAUCAAAGAACACCCACACAGCACUCCUGACCUCAUCCAGUCUGUCGAAUCCAGUUUCUAUGUUGAUAAUUGUCUGGAGAGUCUACCUACUGCUGCAGCAGCCAAGACUAGACUGGAUGACUUGCGGGCAAUAAUGGCGGAUGGUGGAUUUGAAAUUAGGCAGUGGACGAGCAACCGAUCAUCAGUAGUGGCUCACUUACCAUCUGAUGCUAGAUCCCAGGACAUGGAACUGUGGCUGGAACACCAUCGGUGUGACCUUCAAGAACCCACAUUAGGACUCUGCUGGAAUUGUGAAACAGACACACUGGGUUACAGAUACAGACCUAUAGAGCAUUCAGUAUUGACAAUGCGAACAGUUUACAAGAUACUAGCGAGUCAGUAUGACCCUUUGGGUUUCAUUACGCCUUAUACCACCAGAGCCAAGAUUCUCAUACAGCAGCUGUGGUCAAAGAAAAGAGACUGGGAUGAUCCAGACCUCCCUGCAGAUCUGCGUGAGUCUUGGAACAUCUGGGAGAGUGAAUUACCACACCUCAGCACAGUUUCAAUCCCGCGUUGCUAUGUUCCCGUAGCAAUGGAUAAUCCUGGACUUGAGCAUCACCUCCAUGUUUUCUGUGAUGCAUCAGAAAGGGCGUAUGGAGCGGUAGCAUACCUUUCUACAACUCAUGAGGGCCUCACCAAUGUCUCAUUCAUUAUGGCCAGGUCUAAAGUGGCCCCUAAACGUCAACAGACUAUGCCACGAUUAGAAUUGUGUGCGGCGCUGGCCGGAGCACAGCUGGCAAAAUUAAUCCAGACAGAAUUGUCAUCCUACUUGCAACAGACCACACUAUGGACGGACUCUACAACUGUCCUAGAAUGGCUACAAUCAGAGUCAUGCCGGUUCAAGGUAUUUGUCGGCACUCGAGUAUCAGAAAUACAGGAACUGACAGAUCAGCGAUCAUGGCGUUAUGUCGACUCACUUAAUAACCCAGCUGACGACCUGACACGAGGCAAAACACUUCUAGAGCUUACUGUACCCAGCAGAUGGAGUAACGGGCCAUCUUUCCUUCUGCAAGCUCCAGAUAAAUGGCCUAAGAAACCACACAUCACUCAGUCAUCUAAGUCCAACGAACUGAAAGGUCUGACAUUCUGCAGUUUUGCAUCAGUACUGCAGAAUAUUCCAGAUGCAAACCAGUUUGAUUCAUGGACGGACCUUGUCGAGGCUGUACGUCAGCAAUGCCAUGGGGCGGCAGAGCCAAACCAGACUCAGUUGAUUAACAGUUACCGUGAAGCAGAAGCUAUUCUCCUGCGAGCCUGCCAAGCACAAAGUUUUUCAGAAGAGCUUGUAUCUCUAAGAGCAGGCCAGCCAGUUCAUAUCAGCAGCAAACUCAGAAAUCUAGCACCAGAGCUGGACCAAACAACGGAUCUCAUCAGAGUAGGGGGGAGGCUACGGCAGUUACAGCAGGUCAGUGACCUUGAUAUCCAUCCCAUUGUCCUUGAUCCUCGUCAUCCUGCUACCAUGCUUCUUAUUAAAGACUAUGAUGAACGGCUGCUACAUGCUGGCUCUGAAAGAUUAUUCGCCGAAAUCAGAAGACAGUAUUGGAUCUUGAGAGGUCGACAAGUCAUUAAAAAGUACCAACUUCACUGCCCAGAAUGUCAAAAAUGGAGAGCACAGCCUAAAGUACCUCAAAUGGCAGAUUUGCCAAUGGCUCGCCUCCGCAUCUUCCGCCCACCUUUCUUCUCAACAGGUGUUGACUGUUUUGGGCCAUUCAUUGCGAAGAUAGGCAGACGAAAUGAGAAACGGUGGGGAGUGAUUUUUAAGUGCCUGACGACACGUGCCAUUCAUUUGGAUCUUCUUAAUUCACUGGAUUCAGAUGCCUUCUUACUAGCCCUCCGCAGGUUCAUUGCCCGGCGAGGCAAACCAGCAGAAAUAAUUUCUGAUCAAGGCACGAAUUUCAAAGGAGCGGACAGGGAACUCCAGACAGCUUUCAAGGAAUUGGAACCACAGCUUCAACAAAAACUGGUAAAUUACCAGAUUGAUUUCAAAUUCAAUCCCCCUAAUGCACCACACUUCGGAGGAGCAUGGGAGCGGGAGAUUCGUUCCAUCAAGAGUGCACUCCAAGUCGCUGUGGGAACUCAAUCACUGUCAGAAGACGUACUUCACACCAUCCUAGUUGAAGUGGAAGGUAUUCUUAAUUCAAAGCCUCUCGGAUACGUUUCAGCUGACGUGGCUAAUCCCGACCCUAUAACACCAAAUAUGCUUCUCAUGGGGCGGCGGGACGCUUCUUUGCCACAAGCGGUUUAUGCUUCUGAAACCAUCGGACGCCGUAGAUGGCGGCAUUGUCAGAACUUAAUAGAUCAGUUUUGGAUCCGUUACCUACGAGAUUACCUGCCAACCCUUCAUUCCCGCUACAAAUGGCAGAAACCAACAGAGCCCCUUACUCUGGAUACAGUGGUAAUGAUAAUUGACCCCAAUCUACCACGAGCCCAAUGGCCUAUAGGUCGUGUGGUGAAACUCAUUCCGAGCAGAGAUGGCUGCAUACGAACUGUUGAAAUUCAAGUACGGGAUAAAAUCUACACACGACCUGUAGCCCGCCUUGUCCCUCUUCCAGGACUUCCAGAUAAUACGGAAAAUCUACAAACAUAAAGAAUUCUACUACUUGACACAUUUGCUGCUCAAAUGUGGGGGCGGCUGUUCUGAAUUCUUCAUGUUCGGCAUAAUGACGAACAUGCGCACAAAAUUAACGCUGCACGUGAUGGAAUAGUGCACAAUCUGCGCAGUUGCGCAGCCUACGCUGAUUUAAUAGACUGAGAAUAAGCGUAGCACUAUAGAGUUGCAUCAGCCGUUCUGACUGGAAAGUUCUCCGGAUUGCUCGCAUUAUAAGGACAUUGUAUGAGUAACGGACAAAAAACCUUGCAUAUGUCCAUCUAUGUUGAUGCCAGAGCAAUCAUUAAAAGGCUAUCAUUGAGACAUGACUCUGUAUUCUCUGACAAGAAUACUGUAGCGGUCAGUGCACAUUGAUCCAGCAAUAAAUCCUA